AUUAAAAUAACACGUAGAAAUAAAUAAAAAAAACCAUCUUAAGCACACAGAAUAACAUAAGUGGACUUUGAAUGGUUAAUUGCUGCUUUGAACGAUUACAUAAUUGUAAUCGUGCUUAGAAAUUUGAUUAAUUGUCCUGAUUAUAACCUACAGAUACUACGUGAAAGUUUGAAACAGAAAUAGUGGUUUUCAUCUUGCCCCUUUCUUGGUAAAGAAACAUUUACUCAUUUAUUUUACUCAAAUCAAUCCAAAUGGAUUUAUUGCGUUUUGGAACCAUACUCUUCAUAUAGUCUUUCUCAGAAGAAUGUGAGGUUUAGGGUCAAUGACAAUACAGGUAUUUAACUUUCUUUGGUUUCAGUUUAAUAAGAACCAUUUGAUAUUGGUAAUUGUUGAGGUCACUUGUUGCUUGAUUUUUGUGAGACUUAUGGGUACUGUAUUCAAAUAGGUUCUUUAUCCAGUCUGUUGAAUAAUUUAAAAGUAGGUGCCAUUACAGGGAUCAUGUUGUUGUGCCAUUUUAGCAACCGAGACCUAUUGGUGGAGCAUCAGGAUACAGCAGACUCCUCAAUCUACUGGUGAAUUUCUGUUGACUUGUGUAGCCAGAGACAAUGAUUAGAGAGUGCCCCCAGCCACAGCAACACUCUCCUGAGGGGACUGUCUGCAUUACGCGAUCAAGGUCAGUUGUUGGAUGUGGUUCUGGUCAUUGAACACGAGCACUUUGAGGUUCACAAAGCAGUUUUGGCCUCCUGCAGUGACUACUUCAGAGCCAUGUUUACUGGAGGAAUGAAGGAGUCCAACCAGGACACCAUAGAGCUAAAAGGUCUUUCAGCCAGAGGACUGAAGCACAUCAUUGAUUUUGCCUACAGUUCUGAAGUCACUCUGGACUUGGACUGUAUUCAGGAUGUUCUUGGUGCAGCCGUCUUUCUGCAGAUGGUGCCUGUGGUGGAGCUUUGUGAGGAGUUCCUGAAAUCAGCCAUGAGUGUUGAAACUUGUCUAAACAUUGGCCAGAUGGCCACCACUUUCAGCCUCUCGUCCCUUAAGCAGUCGGUCGAUGCGUUCACAUUCCGUCACUUCCUGCAAAUAGCUCAGGAGGACGACUUCCUUCACAUUCCAAAGGAACGAUUGGUUUUCUUUCUUCAGAGCAACAAAUUGAAGAACUGUAGAGAGAUCGACUUGUUCCACGCGGCAAUCCGCUGGCUUCAGCAUGAUGCAUCCAGGCGAGCUGCAGCCAGUGAAGUGCUCUGCCAUGUGCGCUUCCCACUAAUGCAGUCGUCUGAACUGGUGGACAGUGUCCAAACGGUCGACAUCAUGGUGGAGGAUGUGCAGUGUCGACACUUUCUUCUAGAGGCCUUUAAUUAUCAAAUCCUUCCAUUUCGACAACACGAAUUGCAAUCACCGCGAACUUCCAUUCGCUCAGACGUCACAUCACUAAUUACUUUUGGUGGAACACCCUACACCGACAACGAUCGGACAGUCAGCAGCAAAGUUUACUAUCUGCCCGACAUCACAGUGCGACAGUUCAAAGAGUUGCCCGCAAUGGAGUUGGGAUGCAGCCAUGCAUGUGUGUCGGUUCUUGACAAUUUUGUGUACAUAGUGGGUGGCCAGCAUUUACAGUAUCGCAGUGGAGAGGGUGCAGUUGAUGUCUGCUUCCGCUACGACCCCCAUCUGAACCAGUGGCUUCGAAUCCAACCCAUGCAGGAAAGCCGCAUUCAGUUUCAGCUCAAUGUACUGCAUGGACAACUUUACGCUACUGGGGGACGCAACAGGUCUGGCAGCUUGUCCUCAGUAGAGUGUUACUGUCCAAGGAAAAAUGAAUGGACUUAUGUAGAUUCCCUGAAGAGGAGAAUCUGGGGUCACGCCGGAGCAACUUGCAAAGAGAAGCUCUACGUCUCUGGAGGUUACGGGGUGUCCAUAGAAGAUAAGAAAACUCUCCAUUGCUAUGAUCCAGCCUUGGAUCAGUGGGACUUCAAGUGUCCCAUGAACGAGCCAAGAGUCCUGCAUGCUAUGAUUAGUGAAAACAACCGUAUUUAUGCACUCGGUGGCAGGAUGGACCAUGUUGACCGUUGCUUUGAUGUUCUAGCUGUAGAGUAUUAUGUUCCUGAGACCGAUCAGUGGACAACAGUCAGUCCUAUGCGUGCUGGUCAGUCGGAGUCUGGCUGCUGCCUGCUGGAUAAAAAGAUCUAUAUAAUUGGAGGAUACAACUGGCACCUCAAUAACGUCACAAGUAUUGUGCAAGUUUAUAACACAGAGACAGAUGAGUGGGAAAGAGAUCUCCAUUUUCCAGAAUCUUUUGCAGGAAUAGCUUGUUCACCUAUCAUACUUCCCCAGACAACUACCCAGCGCUAAGCACAUAAUUUGCUGAUUUAGGCUUAAGGAUUAGUGUCCCCCCGACCGCAGUAAAAGUAAUGGUAUAAAUGGCUUUCUCUCAUUGAAAAGGGACUGUUAUGUCUUCAGUUUUGAAGCAUUCAUGAUUGAAGGCCUGUACACAUCAGUGUGAGGGAAUAUGAAAGCAAACUCUCUACUGAGCUUUUGGAGAAUGUGAAGCAUCUUUCUGCACACUUCUAAAGCAGUAAUAUUGUCUUUGGCCCUUCAUGUAGAUUGCCUUGUUUCAUACUAAUGAGAGUUUCGGUGCGAUUACCACUGAUGAGCAGCAGCACUGGGGCAAUGUCAACGCAUAUUCUUCUUUGAGAAUAUCUUAAAUGUAUUCACAAUACAUCCUAAACUUCCACAAGUAUUUUGCAAGUUUAUAAUACAGAUACUGAUGAAUGUGAAGGAGAUCUCCAUUUUCCAGAAUCUUUUGCAGAAAUAGCUUGUAUCAUACUUCCACAAGAAAUCACCCAAUUCAACACACUUGCUGUUUUUGGCUUAGGUUUUUGCGAAUGUGAGGCAUCUUUCUACACACUUCUCAAGCAGAAAUGAUGUCUUUGGCCCUUCCUGUAGAUUGUCCCGUUUCAUAGUAAUAAGAGUUUCAUACAAGUGCCUGUGGGAUUUGCAUUGAUGACAGACUUGAAUGGGCCAGCAACACUGGGGCAACAUGACUUCAUGAAGGAUUUAUUGUUCUGUUCUCACUGGUGUGUCUAAAUGACACGAAAACAAAAACUAUUCACAAGCGAUGUUUUUUAGAACUAAACUUCAUCAAAAUUUUGGAUAGCUGACUGAAUUGGUUGAAAAAAAAAUGUGUCUCUGGAAUAGUAUUGGCAGAGCUUUGAAUUAUGAUAUUUUUAUGUUGGCCCACUAGCUACAAUUUGGACAACAUUGUCCUCUUUGCCAGCACUUCCUGAAGAGGGUCUAGGUUGAAAAUAUUGAACCUGUUUUCCUAAUUGGCAUGUUGAGACCGUGAAGCUGACUCUGGCUCUUAUAGAUUAAUAUAAAAUCUUGCACUUUUCAUGGGAAUCCAUUUUGUUUUUUGAUAAUUUGUACAAAACAACAUACACCACCUGCCACUUAGCAGUGGAGGUAUUUUUUUUUAAAUAUAUUUUUUUUAAAUUGUAAAGACAUUAAUCUCAUUGCUGUAGCUAUUGCAUAUACAGUUGUAUUUAACAGUGUUUUUAACCUACAUAUAGUUAUGAUUUUUUUUUUUUCAAACUAAGCAAGCACAUUUCGUAUGCACUUUAAUAUAUAAAAACAUGGUGAAUCUGUGAUUUAAUAACUAAACCAAUAACAGAUGCAUUGUGUUCUCUGUCUGAACAUGUAAUUCACACUGUAUAAUACAGCAUGGGAGGUACUGGAUCAUGUACAUGGAACUAUGGCACAAUUCUUCACAAAUCAGCCUUAAUCAGUCUGUUAAAAGCACUUAAAGGGCUGUUUGGUCCUGUGUAAAUUUCCUUAAGUUUGGGAUGUCAACACAAGCUUCUACGAAAAUUCUUUGUAUAAGUGCAUUUAUGAAUGUCUGAAAUUAAUACCAUGUGGUUAUAUAUAUAUAUAUAUAUAUAUAUAUAUAUAUAUAUAUAUAUAUCAAUCGUUUUUGACAUGUUCUAAUUUUUGAUGUUGGAAUUUGUUACAUUUUUUUUAUAUCUUAUAUAGCUAAUAAAACUUAAUGUAUUUGUAUUUGUAGCACUUUUUGCAAUUAUUUUACACAUUUGUCUUCCAUUUUGUG